CCUCAAUACAGCUCUUCUGUCUUCGUUCCCCAAAAAGGAUUGAGUCGAUCUUCCAGUCGGGUCAUCUGCAUCUCUACCUUGAGAAACCGCCUUAUUAGUACACCUUCUUUGUGGAGAUGGGCGCUACGAGGAACACUGAGAGCGCCGCCCCUUCUGCCCUGUUACGACCAGCAAGAUGGUUGCUCUUGUACGAAGAAUUCGUUACCAAGAACGCUAGCUCCGUAGGCCAGGUAGAGUCGGCGUUGAGGUCUCUAACAUAUAUCAUUCCAGGGAGAUAUCGAGACUCGGAAAUAAGUUCGGAGUGUGUGCACUCGGGGGUCCAACUACUGUCGCUCUAUCAUGAUGCGCUUGUUUCUCGAGUUGUUUCCAGAUUACCAUCGGCUGUUUCGCGGCCGAUACCGACUCCACACAUGAGAUAUACUAAGUACUGGACGUCUCGGUCUCCGCUAUACCAUAAAAUCGCCCUCGCCUUACAGAUGGUCCAGUAUACAGAGCUGCUCUGGGAAAUGAUUGCCCGUCGCCGCGGGGAGAAGGUCCGCUGGCGUGUCAUCAUUCUUAUCGAAGCAGUCAAAGCAAUAUGUCGCCUCUUGCUCCUUCGUCUUACGAAAUCUAGGCCACUAGUGAAUCCUCCGCUGCCUGAGCGGGAGAUUGACCCUAGAUUCGCAGAUGAGGAGGAAGGUGACUGGAAUGGGAUGCAGUCGCCAACGGGCGAACGACUGUCGGACUUGAGCUGGACGAUGCCACGGACCGGGUUACCUCUCCCUUCGUUACCGGACGUGGAUGAUAUCUCGAAUUUCUUGAUUUCCAAGGUCCUCACCGCUGAUGACAUCAAACCACCCAAGGCUCUAUUGCAUCGCGUUGCUGGUCAAGGACAGCUAGCUGAAGCUCUAUAUAUCCUUCGGCCAGUGGUCUAUGCGCUAGCGAUGCAAAAAUACAGCGGAGACAGACAUCGCUGGAGACCUUGGUUGCUGGGAUUCGGUUUGGAAUAUGGUUGUCGGCAGCUUGCCAAGUCCGACUUCCGCGAAAGAGUUGCUGGCGGCCUUCGAGGACUGACAGGGCUCGAACGCGAGGAACUGAGGAAAAGGGGCUGGGCAAUGGGUUGGUGGGCCAUGCGGGGGGCUUUCUAUACAAGUGUUACUAAGCCCUGGCUCCAGGGCUUGACUGCGAAGAUGAAGGGCAAGCCUCUACUUGACCUGGUAGGCAGCGUCAUUGGCGACUACGAAUACUUAUGGGACAACUACUAUUUCUCAACUGCGACGUUGUGAUCAUAUUUCUCCUUUCCUUGCAGCUUUGUGCGGAUAAUCGUCACCUAUGGCCUUGGCCCCAAUUUAUCUAAGAUAGUCCAGGCACCUGACUGGUCACAGGUCGCUUCUCUAUUGCUUUAUCUCGUCUAGCAAAUUCCCGUUCCGUAGAAAGUGCUCUCAGUACC